AUGAGGUUUAAUUCAAUUGUCUUUAGAUUGUCCUCUUAAUUUGACUAUUCGUAAAUUGUUGAUUCUUCAUUUGGUUGGAAACUAGUGAUUGUGAUUAACUGUUGUUCAUGUAAACCCUUCAUUCACCUUUGGGUUUUGACUUGUGAUGUGUUUUUGGUUAACUGGACCUUAGAAAUUGUUUUUCUUCUCUUUAACUGCAAACGUUCCAUUUGAAUCAUGGCUGAAGCCCAUCAAGCUGUGGCUUUCAGUUUCCAAAUUACCCAUGAAGGUGUUCACAUUAACUAUGACACUGAGAUUCUUAAUAUUGUUUGGACCAGUGGUGUACGAUCUUACCGGAAGCGAUUCACACGUUCACUGAAUAAUAUUAAAAAUGGUGUCUUUCCAUCGUCGCUUGAAUUUCUAGCUGCUAUUCUCGUACUGGUAACAGCAUGUCACUCGCUGUUGCAGAUCGAUCCAAGUUUCGGUUUCAUCAAUUUCGCCAGCUCUCAUUUUCCUAUUACGUCACUUGUGACAGUUUUAAAUUUACCUGAUAAUGGUCGUAGUUUAUUGGCCUGUUUUGUUUAUGGUGUUGCUGUUUGGGUCGCCAAAGCCAUGAUUAUGAAGUAUACAUUAAAAUGUUUACUAAUUUACAAAGGAUGGAUGUAUGAAUCUCAUGGAUCAGGUCCAUCUCUUUCUUCUAGUAUAUGGGUUUUCCUAAUGAAAAUGUUGACCAUUAAAAGGCCACUAUUAUAUUCCUACCAAGGAGCAUUACCAAGGUUACCUUUACCCUCUGUGGGCGAAACAAUUGACCGAUACCUUAGAUCUAUUCAAGCUUUGUGUGAUGACGAUGAGGAUUACCAAAGAAAAACUAAAUUAGCUUAUGAAUUUCGUGAUGGUAUUGCCAGAAAAUUACAGAAAUAUCUUAUUUUCAAGUCAUGGUGGGCAAGUAAUUAUGUAUCUGAUUGGUGGGAAGAAUAUGUUUACCUUCGAAGCCGAUCACCCCUCAUGAUUAAUUCAAAUUUCUAUGGAAUUGAUACUCUAUUUGAGACUCCAACGUCCAGUCAAACAUCACGAGCUGCAAAUCUUGUUUACUCUUGUCUUAUUUUCCGCAGGCUUAUUGAUCGUCAAGAAUUGAAACCAAUUAUGCUUCAAGGUUUAGUUCCUCUUUGCUCAUGGCAAUAUGAAAGACUAUUCAAUACAACUCGUCUCCCUGGUAUUGAAACUGAUAAAUUGGUUCAUUAUUCAGACUCUCAGCACAUCGUUGUUCUGAGUAAGGGUAAAUAUUACAAAGUUAAUAUCUAUUUUAAAGGACGUCUUCUUUUACCUCGGGAGAUUGAAUCUAUUCUUGAUAAGAUUGUUGCCGAUGAUAGUCCAGCCUUAAGAGGUGAAGAGCAUCUUAGUGUUGUCACUGCUGUUGACCGAGUUUCCUGGUCACAGACAAGAGACAAAUUUUUUUCAAGAGGAAUCAACAAAUCGUCACUUGAUGCUAUUGAAAAAUCUGCUUUUGUGUUAAUAUUGGAUGAUGUUGACUUUGAAUUUGACGAAAAGGAUCCAACCAAAUUGGACAGUUAUGGUCAAACUUUACUGCAUGGUCGUGGCUACGAUAGAUGGUAUGAUAAAUCAUUUGAUUUAAUUGUUGGUCGAAAUGGUCGAGCUGGUUUCAAUGCUGAACACUCUUGGGCUGAUGCUCCCAUAAUGGCUCAUCUUUGGGAAUUUAUCUUAGCUUAUGAUCACGCUAAUCUGGGCUACGAUGAAAGUGGUCGUUGUAAAGUCGGUAAUGGUUUUCAGCCUCCAGCAGGUACUCGAUUAAAAUGGGAAUUUCCUUUAGAACUGUGCCAAACAAUUGAUAAAUAUGUUAUCACAGCUCAAAAGUUGGUUGUUGAUGUUGAUUUGAAAUUGAUUAUGUUCCAAGAAUACGGUAAAGGCUUCAUGAAGAAAAACAGAGUCUCACCUGAUGCUUACAUUCAAAUGGCAUUGCAAUUAGCUUAUUUCAGGGAUUCAGGUAAAUUCUCACUCACCUAUGAAGCUUCAAUGACCAGAUUAUUCCGUGAGGGUAGAACCGAAACAGUUCGACCAGUAACAAUUGAAUCUGCGGCAUGGGUCAGAUCGAUGAAUGACCAAACCAAAACGAAAGAGGAUCGAAUCGCUUUGCUUAAACAUGCAUGUCAAAGACAUCAAAUUGGUUAUCAAAAUGCUAUGUGUGGCAAAGGAAUUGAUAGACAUCUAUUUUGUUUAUAUGUUAUUAGUAAAUAUUUGGAGAUUGAUUCACCUUUUCUCAAAGAGGUUUUAUCUGAACCUUGGAAAUUAUCAACAAGUCAAACUCCUCAUGGCCAAGCUGGUCUUCUCGAUCUAAAGAAAUAUCCAAAUCACAUUUCAGCUGGAGGAGGUUUCGGUCCAGUGGCUGAUGAUGGUUACGGUGUCAGCUACAUCAUCGCUGGAGAAGAUAAAAUUUUCUUCCACAUAAGCUCAAAGGAAAGUUCAACUGCCACAGAUUCUCUGAGAUUCGCCAAGAAUAUAAUGCAAUCUCUUCGAGAUAUGAGAGAACUUUUAACUAGAUAAAAGUUGAUCGCCAUUUUGCAGGAUUAAGUGAAUUCUUCAAUCGAAUAAAAUAUUCAAAUUGACCAAUAACAAAGAAGAUAAAUGACCAAAAUGGAUAAAUGAAAAAGUCCAACGAAAAAGCAACGUUAAACUGUAUCGGAUGUUCAACUUUACAUUGUGAUCAAAUCAUUUCGGAGACAUUUUAGCUAAUUAACUAAUGUGAAUAAUUAAUCUACAAUUAUUUAUACAACAAUCUACAAAGUAUCAACACUAACUAUCAAUUAGUGCCUUUAAUGGUUAUCAUGUGUGUCUUAUCUGAUACAUUUCCAACACAAAUGAACAAAAAUGGUUACGUUAAACAGCAAACAAUUACAACAUCAACAAUUAAGAAUCAUGACCUUCUUCCUGAAUACAUUUUCAUCUACCGUUAAUUAUUGAAUCAACAUCCAAUAAUUUUUUAAUCUAAACUGUGUUACGAUUAUAACAAUCAAUCAACACCAUCACCAACCAAUCAACAACAUCAGCAAAAAUUAAUCAAAAACAUAAAGGGCAACUACAAUUCACCAUUUGAAGAUUUGAUUUGAUUUGAUUUUGAAUGUUGUGAAUGAUUAGAAUACGAUUAUUUAAUCAAUGAGGACCAAUUCACAGUUUUAAUUGAAAGACUUGAUUAUCAAGUAACAGAAAAUUUUCUCAAGAUUCAGGUCAAAGUUUACUUUUCAUGUUCACCUGGAAAAGUUGAUUUGACAACAAACUGUUGUUUAUGUUUAUGUUUACCUGUUGAUUAUUUUUUUGUUUAUUAUUUAAGGUCAAUCAGUUUCUGCUCUCAUUUGUCCCUCUACCUUUAAGUUUUUUUAUAUAUAAAAAUUAAGUUGAUGAUAUGAAAAUAAUGUUGAUACUUGAUUAUGUUUGUGUGUAAAGUUAUCAACCUAAUAGACUUUGAUUUAAUUAGUUGCGAUUGAUUAUCAAUAAUUGAUUAUUCAACAAUAACAUUCAGAAAGUAAACAAACUUGAACAUCUUUUUAAAGGUGAAAAGUCAAUACAACAUGUAAAUAACAAAGUACAUAUAAAUAAUUAACUAAUUAACAAUUUACCUCGAGCUUAAUUGUGAGAGCCUUUCAUGAGUUUAUAUUUUGUAUUCAUCACUUUUCAUACUUAAAACAAAAUAUUUACCAAAUUUAUUAUAUAAUGUAUUCAAUUAACUAAUUGACAGAGUUUUUGAUCAUUGAAGAAAUUAAAGUUUGAUAAAAAUUUAAACCAAUCGA